AUGGCCUGCCUGCCUCUACCUCCGCCCGCCUCUACCUCCGCCUGCCUCUACCUCCGCCUGCCUCUACCUCCGCCUGCCUCUACCUCCGCCUGCCUCUACCUCCGCCUGCCUCUACCUCCGCCUGCCUCUACCUCCGCCCGCCUCUACCUCCGCCUGCCUCUACCUCCGCCCGCCUCUACCUCCGCCUGCCUCUACCUCCGCCUGCCUCUACCUCCGCCCGCCUCUACCUCCGCCCGCCUCUACCUCCGCCCGCCUCUACCUCCGCCUGCCUCUACCUCCGCCUGCCUCUACCUCCGCCCGCCUCUACCUCCGCCCGCCUCUACCUCCGCCUGCCUCUACCUCCGCCUGCCUCUACCUCCGCCCGCCUCUACCUCCGCCCGCCUCUACCUCCGCCCGCCUCUACCUCCGCCUGCCUCUACCUCCGCCUGCCUCUACCUCCGCCCGCCUCUACCUCCGCCCGCCUCUACCUCCGCCCGCCUCUACCUCCGCCUGCCUCUACCUCCGCCCGCCUCUACCUCCGCCCGCCUCUACCUCCGCCCGCCUCUACCUCCGCCUGCCUCUACCUCCGCCCGCCUCUACCUCCGCCUGCCUCUACCUCCGCCCGCCUCUACCUCCGCCCGCCUCUACCUCCGCCCGCCUCUACCUCCGCCUGCCUCUACCUCCGCCUGCCUCUACCUCCGCCCGCCUCUACCUCCGCCCGCCUCUACCUCCGCCCGCCUCUACCUCCGCCUGCCUCUACCUCCGCCCGCCUCUACCUCCGCCCGCCUCUACCUCCGCCCGCCUCUACCUCCGCCUGCCUCUACCUCCGCCUGCCUCUACCUCCGCCCGCCUCUACCUCCGCCCGCCUCUACCUCCGCCCGCCUCUACCUCCGCCUGCCUCUACCUCCGCCUGCCUCUACCUCCGCCCGCCUCUACCUCCGCCUGCCUCUACCUCCGCCUGCCUCUACCUCCGCCCGCCUCUACCUCCGCCCGCCUCUACCUCCGCCCGCCUCUACCUCCGCCUGCCUCACUCUCUUCAUCAUUACGGUAAUAUCAAUCUCCUCCCUCACCAAGAAGACGGCCUAA